UAGCUACACAAAAGAUUACUACUUGUGUAUAAACUAAAUAAGUUAUCAUAAUGAAGAUAUUUAUAGUGCUUUGUUUAGUAGCAAUCUUCUGCACUGCUACUACCUUGGGCUCAGGAAAAAACAUCGUAUGUUAUUUCGCCAGCUGGACAGUUUAUAGAAACGGAGAUGGAUCUUUCGAUGUGCGUAACAUAGAUCCAUCUUUGUGUACCCAUAUCAAUUUUGCUUUCAUUGGCCUUAACGAAGAUGCCUCCAUUCACAUUUUAGAUUCAUGGGAAUCAAAUGAUCCCUCAGGCUACGAGGGCUUUAAAAAUCUGGUAGCACUAAAAGAAUCAAAUCCAGAUCUUAAAAUAAGUGUAAGUAUGGGUGGCUGGAACGAAGGAUCCGAGGUAUACUCAGAAGUAGCUUCAGAUGCAUAUAAAAGAAAAAUCUUUGCUAACCAUAUUUUAAACUUUGUAAAAGAGUGGAACUUUGAUGGAUUUGAUCUAGAUUGGGAAUAUCCUGGAUUAAGAGGAGGAAACUCAACCAUUGACAAGGACGAUUUUACCGCACUUAUUAAAGAACUCAGUAACGUUCUCAAGCCUAGAGGAUACUUAUUAACUAUAGCGGCAGCAGGAGCAGUUGAAAAAAUUGAUGAAGCAUAUGAUAUUCCAGCGAUUACAAAGCUACUUGAUAUGAUCAAUGUUAUGGUUUUUGAUUUCCACGGUGCUUUUGACGACUUUGUAGGACAUAUCUCACCACUUUAUCCUGCUAAAAUUGAUUAUGAUUACGAAGAUAAUAGCACAUACAACGUAGAUUCAGGAAUCCAACAUUGGUUACGAGGAGGUGCAGAUGCUGCAAAAAUAAACUUGGGUGUUGUCACGUAUGGAAGAUCCUUUACUUUGGCUGAUAAAUCAAAUACCUCUCUCUAUGCUCCUGUCAAAGGUGGCGGUAAAGUUGGACCUUAUACGCAACAAUCUGGAUAUUUGGGAUAUAAUGAAAUCUGUAAAUACUAUUCAGACUCAACUUACGUAUGGGAUGACGAACAGAGAGUUCCUCACAGAUAUUGGGAUGACCAAUGGGUAGGAUUUGAAGAUGAGAAAUCUUUAUCCGAAAAAGUAAACUAUGCUCUUGAAAAUAACUUGGGAGGUAUGAUGGUAUGGUCAUUUGAUUAUGAUGAUUUUAGAGGAGCAUGCGGAGAAAAAUAUCCUUUAUUAAAAACUAUAAAUAAAAUAAAUAAUUAGUGUAAUAUUUAUUAUUUAAAAUCUAGUAACAUUUGUAAAUUUAGUAAUUUAUUAUUAUACAUAAUUCUAGUAUUAAAAAGUGAAAAUAU